AUGGGUAAAGGUGUUCUCAAAUACGGAGGAAAGUCCGGUAUUCUCCCCAAGGUGCGUCCUGUGUUUAAGAGGUUUCCCAUAGCACCCAAAAACCCCGAUCAAAUCGCCAAAGAAUCCAAGGUAUCGCAAGGUUACGCUGAAGGUGUGCCAUUGCCCAUCAAGAAAGGAUUCACCUUCCACAGAGAGCCAGUGGAAAAGAAAGUGGUGACAGUUGAAGAAAGAAUCAAGAGAAACAUCGAGGACAGACGCCCCAACGUCGACGAGAGCUCCUUGAGCCAAGAACAGUUAUGGCAAUUGAAGAGAGAUGAGAUCCGCAGGGACUACUUGAAACAAGCAUACUUGACGGAAGCCGAGAGAUUGAAGAAGCUCGAGGAGUACAAGGCCAAGGCAGCCGAGAGAGAGCAGGCCUUUGCCGAUUCGCAUGUUUACGAAGAGUCCGCUGCCUCCAAGUUGACCCUCCCCACCAUAGACAGCUACUUGCAGGGCCCCAUCAUGAGACAAAGAACCGAAGAAGAGCAAUUACUCGUGGAGGAGCAAAGAACAUUGAACCGCAAGACCACCGAAUUGCAGAUCAAGGAAGAGAAGGCCAACAAGUUGCUCGACUUGUACCACGCAGCAUCCAACUUCAUCACCACCGAAGAAGAAUUGGAGGCUGCCAUCAACGAAGCAUUCGAGGUUAAUUUCAGUAAGUUCGAUGGAAGCCAGAGUAUUGUUGAAAGCAGAUUGGUUUCGUCUGGUACUGGAUACGCCAACAUCGACUUUAACGAGAGAAUCAUCGCCGACGAAGUAUUAGGUGAGAUUAGUGGCAAGCCUGGCUUGCAAGUCAUCAAGGACACCUUGAGUGGAGAGGGCGAGAAGUUGAAGAGAGAAGCUCAAGUUGCCGUCAACCAGGAAUAA